GUUACGCCCAGCGAAGCGGACUUCGUCGGAGUGGACUGAGUCAGAGUGAGGCGGCUUUGGCUGGAGAGACUUCGGCAGGCUGAGGCUGAAGACAAGCUUCACUCCAAGUGAGGUAAGGCCGGUACCACUCCCUGUCUUCCCACAAGCCCUCCGCCUCUCCCAGUUUCUCAGCCACUCGACUCCUCUGCUGAGAUGAGAGUGAUUCACUGCACCCUGCUGUUACUGAACGGGAUUGUCACCUCACUCCAAGGUGAUUUUACCCUAUUUGCACCCAAUGAGCCUGUUGUAGCAAUUGCAGGUAAAGAUGUUGUACUGGAUUGUGUGAUGCUCCCACCAACCUCUGCCAGCAACAUGACAGUGCAGUGGCUAAAAUCCGGUCUCAGCUCACCCAUCCACGUGUACAGACAUGGACAAGAUGACCCCCUCGCUCAACACCAGGAUUACAGAGGAAGGACAGAACUGUUUAAAGAUGAAAUUACCAAAGGAAAUGUUUCCCUCAGAAUAAAGAACGUAAGGCCAGAUGAUGAAGGACAAUAUACAUGUUCAGUUGAAGACAGAACUGACUUCAAACAAUCUGCGGUUGAACUGCGUGUUCGAAAUGAUCUCUUCCCUGCUCUUCCUGAAUGGGUCCUGCCUCUGGUCGUCACCAUUUGUGUUGUAAUUGCUGCUAACUUCACCCUGAUUUAUUGGAAAGUGAAACAAAACAGACACAUAAAAGAGCUGGAACUUCAGAAAUCCAUCAUGGAAUCUGUCUCUGUCACCCUGGAUGUGGAAACGGCGAAUCCGUGGCUCAAGGUAUCUGAGGAUCGGAAGAGUGUGAGAUGGACCGGGACCCGGAGGAAUCUCCCUGACACCGGGAAGAGGUUCACAUACUGGUUUUGUGUGCUGGGAUCGGAGGGAUUCACAUCGGGGAGACAUUACUGGGAGGUGGAGGUGACGGGGAAUCAGUGGUGGAGGCUUGGAGUCGCCGCAGAGUCUGUGGAGAGGAAGGGAGGGGUCACACCGAGACCGGAGACCGGAUUCUGGAUCAUCAGGCGGCAUGAUGACGAGAUGUGGGUUCUCACUUCCCCUGCGUCCCGUCUCCCUGCCGAUCCCAUCCCCGAUAGGGUGGGUGUUUAUCUCAGUUACGAGUCCGGGACAGUUUCAUUUUAUAACGCGGAGACCAAGUCCCAUCUCCACACCUUCGCUGGGAAUAAAUUCACGGAGAAACUUUAUCCUUUCUUCUGGACUGGAUAUAAAAACCAAUGGCUGAGAAUCUGUUCCGGUUCCGCUCUGGGUCUGUAAAUGGGUCGGGUCCCGGGACCGGCGUCAGGAGUAAGUCAGUGUAAAUAUAAAUGUGCGGAGUGUGAAAUAAACACGAUGUGAGAAUUAUCGAUCCAUUAAUUUUAAC